GAGGAAGCACGACGGUUGGAGGCGAAGGAGAAUGACAAUCAGCUCUGCUUGCGGGAGUUCGAGGUCGAGGUGCAAGCCCGGCAGCAGGAGCUCGGCGAGUCCGUCGCGGCAGCAGCGCGGCUGCCCACCGCUGAAGCGCUGUCCGAGGAGGAGCAGCGGCUUCGCGAGCGACUCGUGACUGUGGAGGAGGGCGUCAGUGCCGCGGUGUCAGAUCGGUUUGCCGCACUUUCGGCGGCGCUGAACGUGGAUGAUGUGCGUCGAUUGGAGCGCGAUUCUCGCUUGAACCGGGAGGCGGCGCAGUAUCGCGAAAGCGCGCUGUCCCAGCAGCUUCAAUCCUUCAAGGCUGAGCUCACCAUGAUCGAGUGGGCGCUCGAGGGCCGCCGUGUCCAGGGGGUACCCCAGCGAGCCCGGGAGUGCGAGGUGGAGGUCCAAAUCCUUCGAAAGCGGGCUGAGGAGAUCGAAAAGCGGCAAGAGGGCCGAAGCAAAGUGGUCGAGGAGCACGCUGCAGCCCUGCAAGAGAAACGUGAGCUCGAGAGGAAUCAAGAGCAGGCCUGUUCGAGGCUGCGAAUGGAGCUCAAGGACAAAGAGAGGGCAGCCACUCAGGCGGAGAGGCAGCUCGCCACCCUGUCGGCGGAGCUGGCGGUGGCGCACGAGGCAAGGUUCGAGCUCCUGCGGAAAAGUGUGCUGGAGGACAUCGCCCUCCCAUUCGGAGGCCCGCCCAGGGAGGCGAAGAAUGCCGCGAAGAAGCUUUCUGCCCUGGUUGCGGACUUGGACGCGUCUUCUCCGGCGGAGGCUGCCGCGGAGCUGCGCGUCGACUUCAGCAAGCUGCCACAGGCCAAGCGAAAGGCGGCCACGGGAGGCCCGGCGACAAAGCUGCUGGAGGACGAGUACCGCGCCGAGCUCCGGCGUUUGGCAGUGGACCUGGAGCAGCUGAAGCCCAACCUGAAGGCCAUUGCUCAAUUGGAGGCCAUCGACCAAGAGGCACUGCAUGCGGAGCGCGAGGCUCAGAAGGCUCGGAAGCGGGUGGAGGAAGCAGACCGGAGCUUCGAAACAGUUCGGACCGCAAGGCGGGAGAAGUUCAUGGGCUGCUUCCGGAAG